GUCACUGCUUCAGUACUGAACUUUACAAAUAACAAGAUGCUAGAAACGGAACUAUUUCUAUAGUAAAUCAAGACUAGGCUUUUUAAGAAGAGGUUUAAGUUUACAACUACUAGUGAGGCUGCUGCUGCUCAGGUGGACCCGCUUACACGGCAAGCCAUUGCGUAUUUUAUUUCUGGUUCACAACAACUAUUUUUAAAGUGCCCCGCCCACCCUUGGGGACAGUAGGAAGACGGAGUAGAUUAAGCCUGACGGACAGAGACAGCAAGCAAGCCUUCAUUCUUUACAGCUAACAGCAGGUAACCUCCUGGUUGCUGAAAUGAUUUUACAACUCCAUAGAUCAUAACUAUACUUCACCUUUACAUUUCACUCACCUGGCUGAGCUGCUCAGGCAGGAGCAGAAAUCUGUGGCAGCAUGUGUAAAUGUCAAGAGAGGAGGGCAACGAAGCAGCACUGGUUGACUCUGCUGUCAGGACUGGUAGAGAGUUUGCUGGUCACAGGGAUGGCGUUUGGCUGGGCUUCUUUGGUGUUCGUGUUGAAAGUCGAUGGAUAUUUUUCUGGAUACUGCCACAAUGCCACCAGAGAAGAAAACUUUACUGUGUACACAGAUUGCAGCGGUCAGGAUGAGCACCUCUCUCAGGUCAUGUCUGUCGCCUCCAUCACCAACACCAUACUGCGCUUCCCCAUCGGAUAUGUCUUUGACCGCUGUGGAACCACAGCAACAAGGCUAAUAGCUAUAUCUCUGUACAUCACUGGUACACUGUUCAUCACCCUGUCAAACACAGAGACGUCAGUGUUGCUGUACCCUGCUUUGUCAUGUCUCAUUAUUGCUGGAUCUGUCCUCUACAUCACCAAUGCUCAGGUGGGGAACCUGUGUGACUCCUAUCGCUCCACCAUCAUCACCAUCUACAAUGGGGCCUACGAUUCAUCUGCUGCUGUCUUUUUUUUCAUAAAGUUGCUGCAUGAAAGAGGAGUGUCUCUGCAUUCGUCUUUCCUCUUCCUCACCUUUUGUAGCGUAUUCCUCCUGCUACGCACCUUCUUCCUGAUGCCCACAGGACAUAUCCCCUACCCACUGCCAGAAACAUACACUUAUGGGGUUUGCUGGCCCGGCCAGAGAAGAGGGAGAGGAGAAGGAGAGGAAGAGAGCUACAAGAAAGAAGAAGAAAUGGAAGAAAAACAAAAGGAUGAGAGAGGGAAUUAUUCUUCUUUGCCUUUGUGUAAAAACAUUGUGCAUCAGCCCAAGCAAGAGAAAGCAGCUAGUUUCCGGAGCUGUGUAUUGUCCUGGCUCUUCUUGUGGCACCUGGUGUUUGUGGUCACCACCCUUUUUAGUCACUUCAUGUUCUUAGCCACCGUCAACCCCAUGCUCACCAGGCUAGCCGAUAACAACCAAACCAUGGUGAGUCACUACACCAAUGCAUUUGCCUUCGCACAGCUGGGCGGAGUGCUAUUUGCACCUGUGAAUGGCCUCAUCAUGGACAGACACAAGCGCAGGCCUCUGACUUCUGGAGAAACCAGGAGGGAGGCAGAUCUGCGCUCAUCCUCUCUCGCCCUCUUCCUGACUUCCCUGCAGUGUUUCCUCUUCUGUGUGUGUUUCACCUGUCCUGUCCUCCCUCUGCAGUACCUCACCUUCAUCCUGCAGGUUGUCAACAGCGCCUUCUUUUACGGAGGCCACCAAGCCUUCAUCAGCAUUGCUUUCCCAAUGUCUCACUUUGGGAAGAUGUCAGGGAUAGCGAUGUCGUUAUCAGCUCUGGUGCUGCUUCUCCAGUUUCCUCUGUUACGCCUCACCCAGCACCAGCUGAAGGGUGAUCCUCUAUACGUAAAUGUGGGUGUCACAUUGGUGUCUCUGCUCACCUUUAUUCACCCAAUCCAUGUAAGCCUCUACUGCAGAAAGCUGUCCAAACAGAGAAGGACCACAGAAGAAGUCAAUGAACAAGGGCUGGCGAGAGGCUAAAUCUACACAAUGUAACAAAUUGUAAACUUAAAAGGAAAAAUGACUGAAAAUUGAAUUUAUUUAAUAUAUUUUUAAUGUUUAAUAUCAUCUGAGAGCAAUGGAUUGACACUUGAAUAUAUGUAGUUUUUUUUGUAUCUCAUCACAUGAGUUUGAAUGGGAUGUACUGUCUCUAUUGGUUGUUUGCAGUUUACAUUUUUUGAAAUCAUAUUAAAUAAAGAAUACAUUGUGAUGU